GAAGAAGAAGAAGAAGAAGAAGAAGAAGAAGAAGAAGAAGAAGAAGAAGAAAAGAAGAAGAAGAAGAAGAAGAAGAAGAAGAAGAAGAAGAAGAAGAAG